CAGCGCAGCAUGCGCGGCACCUGCAGGUUCUGGCAUUACACGCGCAACCUGGCGGCGAACGCGCUGGAUCCGGCGAACGAGGCGCGCAUGCUGAAGUACGGAUACCACGCAGACAGCGAGUGGAAUCGGGAGCUGCUGUUUGCGGCGAAGAAAAACCUGUUUGGUAGAAGAAAAGAGAAUGUCGAGUGGCGGGAUGGUGACGGUCGCGUCGUCGCGGCCGAGGUGGGGGACGGCUUGAAACUUGUAGAGACGAUGGGACGGAAGAGGAGGGACGUGUUAAUUACUUGUUGGGCGGUUCGGAAGUGGGUCCUUGGAACACUUGCCGAGAGAGAAUAACGACCGUGGUUGCUGGAAUACUGGCUAAUUUGGGACUGCACAUAGGCGCUUAUAUGGGAACAGGCACAUAGGAAAUACCACUUCCGGGUUCUGUCGUUUUCUAUAUACAAGAUCCGAUAUACGGCGUUCUAGGAGUAGCAUACAUAGC